AUGGGGCUGGGCACCGCGCUGGAGGGGGGGAUGGGGCCGCCGCGCCGAGGGCCGGGCACGCCGGACCGGGGUCGAGCCGCGCGAGGAAGAGCCACCGCACCGAGGGCUGGGCUGUGCAGGGGAAGGGGCGACGCGCUGGGGGCCAGGUUGCAUGGGGGAGGGCGGGCCGGGGAGGGGCUUCCAUGGCCAGGGGGCGCCGCGGGCAGGGGAGGGCGCGCGCAGGCAGAGAGAGGAGGAGGAUUCUCCCUCCCCACGUGCGUCUCCUCGGCCACCAUCUCCACGAGCACCUCCGUCGCCGCGUCUCCUCAGCCGCCAUCUCCGCGAGCACCUCCGCUGCCGCAUCUCCUCAGCUGCCAUCUCCACGAGCACCUCUGCCGCCUCUCCAACAUAUUCUCCGACGCUAUCCCCUUUCCCUCGACAAGCUCCAUCCAGGAGUGUGUCUGCACAAAGUCUCAAUCCCUUGGUACUAAUUCACUUGAUUUGGAUGGACAAGAAACCACAAGUGUCUUCAAUCUAUCUUCUGAUGCUCAAUAUGUCCCAGUCAAUACUAAUGAACCCACUGAAGCUCAAUUUGUCCCAUCUAAUCAAGAAUCAAGCCAGAGAGAAGGUGGCAGUGGGAGAAAGUGUAAGCAAAGCCAUGUUGGAUUAGCUCUUGAAAGUUAUGUGGAGUUUAAAAAGAUCCAAAAUACAGAAACACUUGAAACUCUUAAAGAACAUAAGAGGCAAGAGGAUCAAUUUUCUAUUAGCAAGUGCCAGGUUGAAUUGAAAGGAAUGGAUGGAUUAACAACCAUGAACAAAUCAUAUGCUUUGGAGCUUUUCGUAUCUGCGACAAACCGAGAGAUGUUCUUAACAACAACAGAACAUGAUGUUAGAGAAAUUUGGCUCAAACGCAAAAUUAGGUUGCUUCGGGGGAGUGAUGCAUGGACUGAACAAAUGAUAUGAGCAAAAUUGGAACAAAUUUUAGAUGUAUUUUGUUGACGGUGGCUUCACAAUCUGGCACAUGACUCAUGAAAAGCAGUGUUCUGCUACAAACAUUUUGUUGAUACUGCCUUUAGUUUGUGUUGAUGCUUCAGUUUGCUGACGAUGAUGCUUAUACUGUCUUUUACUACUUCGAUUUGCUUGACAAACUAUUGUAAUGACAGAUAAAGUGUGAUGUCAUGAUGGAUGAACCAAUUUACUAUGCUUCAGUUUACUAUGUCUUUUAUAUUGGCUUUA